AUGGCGGCGAUAACUAACCUAGCUAACUCGAUGCAAGCGAGUGUUGCUAGGAUAACACAAGCCAUGGAAAAGUUGGGGCAACCAGCCAAAAAUGGAAACAGAAAUAGAGAAGGGGUCAGAAACAACUUAGGAGGUGCUCUGAUGACAAUAGUUGCUUUCCUAAAGACUCAGCAUGUCUCAGAUACUCAAUUCGUGGAGUUUGCGGCCUAUCAACUGAUGGAAGAAGCUCAAUACUGGUGGCAAGGAGAGUUUCAACUACUGCAACUUCAGAAUACGGAUAUUCCUUGGGAGUUAUUUCAGACAACCUUUUACAGGAAGUAUUUUCUGGAAUCAGGGUUCUCAAGGAUAUGUCAAGGAACCCCUGAGUCCUAUGAGGGUUGGAAGUGCAUUAAGUACCAAGGAAGUCUUCGGGAGAACAUUAUGAGUACUGUGGCUCCAUUGGAGAUUCAGAGAUUUUCUGAACUAGUAAACAAGGCGAGGGUUGUUGAAGAUUGUGCUAAGAAGGUGGCUUUGGCAAGGGAUACUCGUGGAGGCAACAAUAACCGAGGUCGUGGGAAGCAUUUUUAG